AUGGUUGACGAGAAGCCCAACAGCGCCCUCGACUCCGGGUCGGGCGGCAGCCCACUGAGCCAGCCAGCUCACACGCUACCUUACGAAAAUGUGAUUCAGGAACUCAGCACCGAGCUGAACGAGGGUCUGACCCCUGAAGAAGCGACUCGUCGUCUCCAGGAAUAUGGCCCCAAUAAACUCGACGAAGGGGAGGGAGUGUCGGUGUUGAAAAUCCUCGUGCGCCAAGUUGCGAACGCAAUGAUGCUAGUCUUGAUUCUGGCCAUGGCGGUCAGCUUUGGUAUUCAGUCGUGGAUUGAGGGCGGAGUGAUCUGCGCCGUCAUUAUCUUGAAUAUCGUUGUUGGAUUCUUCCAGGAGUACGCCGCGGAAAAGACAAUGGAAUCGCUACACUCGCUCUCAUCCCCGACUGGAACUGUCUCCAGAGGCGGACAGACAUUCUCGGUGCCGUCGUCGGACAUCGUGCCGGGUGACAUGGUCGAGCUUCGAACCGGUGAUACCGUUCCAGCUGAUAUUCGCCUAGUCGAAAGCGUCAACUUCGAGACAGACGAAGCUCUCCUAACUGGCGAGUCUCUUCCCGUCCAGAAGGAAUGCGACUCGACGUUCAAAGAAGACACUGGUCCCGGAGACCGCCUCAAUAUCGCCUACAGUUCUAGUACCGUCACUCGUGGCCGUGGCCGUGGUGUGGUUGUCAGCACUGGCAUGUACACUGAGAUCGGAUCAAUUGCCCUCGCAUUGCGGGCUAGCGGCAACAAGCGUCGUGAGGUCAGGCGCGGUCCCAACGGUGAAACCAAGAAGCGUUGGUACGUUGAAGCCUGGAGUCUCACCUGGGCAGACGCCGUGGGUCGAUUCCUCGGUGUCAAUAUCGGAACGCCUUUGCAGAGGAAGCUGUCAAAGCUAGCCUGUUUGCUAUUUGGAAUUGCCGUUGUGUUCGCCAUCGUCUGCAUGGCUGCAAACGAAUUUAGCAGCAAUACCGAGGUCAUCAUGUAUGCUGUUGCGACUGGUAUCAGUAUGAUUCCUGCAUGCCUGGUGGUCGUGCUUACUAUCACCAUGGCAGUGGGUACUAAACGCAUGGUCGAGCGGAACGUCAUCGUUCGCAAAUUAGACUCACUGGAAGCCCUCGGUGCUGUCACGGAUAUUUGUUCUGAUAAGACUGGUACAUUGACUCAGGGCAAAAUGGUUGUCCAAAAGGCAUGGAUUCCGUCUCGAGGGACAUAUUCCGUGGGCCCAUCCAACGAGCCUUUCAAUCCCACCGUUGGAGAUGUAACAUUCGCCCCUGUGCCCCCUUCACAAUUGGAUCAUGAGAAACAAGAUACCGCCACGGGGAACGCAGAAAGCCUGGUGUCGGGAAAUCGCCAGCUGGAGGACUUUCUGGAUGUCGCUUCAAUGGCCAAUCUCUCUCACGUGUAUAAGUCCGAAGAGGGCGCUUGGAGUGCACGAGGUGAACCCACAGAAAUAGCCAUCCACGUCUUUGCAUCGAGAUUCAACUGGAACCGCGACCGCUGGGUCAAAAAGGAUCAGGGUACAGUAUGGCAUCAACAGGCUGAAUUCCCGUUCGACUCAACCGUCAAGAAAAUGUCUGUGAUUUUCAGCAAAAUCACCCCGGAAGAGACCCGGACAAUGGUUUUCACGAAGGGUGCCGUCGAGCGCAUCGUGGAUUCAUGCACCUCUGUUAUAUGGGACCAGGAUUCCUCUACACCCGUCCCAAUGACCGAUGACCACCGCGAAAAGAUCCUCCAGAACAUGGAAGAACUCGCCAAGCUGGGACUUCGGGUCUUGGCCCUGGCCCAUCGCCCAUACGUUGCCCAGACACAACUGCUCGAAGGCGCAGACCUCAAUCGUGAAGAUAUAGAGAAGGAUCUAUGCUUCCUGGGUCUGAUCGGCUUAUAUGACCCUCCGCGCCCGGAGACGGCGGGCUCCAUUCAGGCAUGCUACCGGGCUGGUAUUGUUGUCCACAUGGUGACUGGCGAUCACCCUGGCACUGCUAAAGCGAUUGCUCAGCAAGUAGGAAUUCUUCCUGCUGAUUUCAAUGCAGUGGCUGCUGAUGUCGCGGACGCUAUGGUCAUGACUGCUGGUCAAUUCGACAAACUCACUGAUGAAGAGGUAGAUAAGCUACCGACUCUUCCCUUGGUCAUCGCACGCUGUGCUCCUCAGACUAAGGUGCGUAUGAUCGACGCCCUUCAUCGCCGUGGCCGUUUUGCAGCUAUGACCGGAGAUGGUGUCAAUGAUUCUCCUUCGCUUAAGCAUGCCGAUGUUGGUAUCGCUAUGGGACAAGCAGGAUCGGACGUUGCCAAGGAUGCGUCUGAUAUUAUCCUCACGGAUGACAACUUCGCCUCGAUUCUCAAUGCCGUCGAAGAGGGUCGUCGUAUCUUUGAUAAUAUUCAGAAAUUCGUGCUUCAUCUGUUGUCAGAGAACAUCGCUCAGGCUUGCACGUUGCUCAUCGGAUUGGCUUUCAAAGAUGCUGAUAACCAGUCCGUCUUCCCUCUUUCACCGGUCGAAAUUCUCUGGAUUAUCAUGAUUACAUCGGGUAUGCCCGAUAUGGGUCUUGGAAUGGAGGUUGCUGCCCCUGACAUCAUGAACCGUCCUCCCCAGAGUAAGCAAGGCAUUUUCACCUGGGAGGUGGUUAUCGACAUUCUGGUGUAUGGUAUCUGGACUGCAGCUCUCUGCCUGGCCGCAUUUUCUAUCCGUGUGUGGGGAUUCGGCGACGGUAACCUGGCCCGCGGCUGCAACAAAGAGUGGUCUGAAGAGAUCAAUGACUGCGAACUGGUUUUCAAAGCACGUGCCACCACAUUCGUAUGCUUGACUUGGUUCGCAUUGUUCUUGGCUUGGGAAAUGGUCAACCUGCGCCGGUCGUUCUUCCGCAUGCAACCCAAAUCCAAUAAAUACUUCACUCAGUGGAUGUACGACGUCUGGCGAAACAAGUUCCUCUUCUGGUCCGUCAUGGCUGGAUGGAUCACUAUGUUUCCUAUUCUCUAUAUCCCCGUUUUGAACGACGUCGUCUUCAAGCACAAGCCUAUUACCUGGGAAUGGGGCAUCGUGGCGGUCGAGGCUGUCCUUUUCUUCAUCGGAGUCGAAGCUUGGAAGUGGGCUAAGCGAGUCUACUUCCGUCGCAGAGCGAGAAAGAACCCGCAGUUGACCCACUUGGAAGAAAUCCCAGAGCAACCCUAA